ACUGUAUGUCUCUUUAACUAAUGAUUUUUUUCUGUCAUUUCAGACCCCGUCUUCAACAAUGACGCCCCGCGGCAUGACAAAACGUACCCCGCUGCUGUGGGGAAUGUGUCUUUUGCUUGCUGCGAACCCUGCGGUGAGUUCAGCGCCAGAAAACAGCAACACAAGCGUCACCGUUCCGACCGAAGUCGCAACCAACCAGCAGGCCGCUACAUCUGCAAGCGUGCUGCAGCCUACAGCCCUGCAUCCAGCGAAGCCUUCAGAUGCGGCUGCUCGUGCAGAGGAGGCAGCGACGCCCACAGCGGCUCACGAAGACGGCGUCAGAAACAAAACCAGCGACAGACGGCUUGCUGUGACGACUGCAACCAGCGGCUCCAAACCUCUCGCCCCCACAGAAAAGGUGACGACUAAGGAUGUAGUUCCUGUGGAGUUGACAGCAGCUGCAGCUGAACGAAAUGGCACUGCGGUGCUUGCGAGCACAGGCGAACCACAGCCUCUCAGUCCAACACUCCCAGCUAGAACAAGAUCUCCCACUGUCUCCAUCGCUCCUACGGCCAAAGAACGCCUUGUUUCCUCGUCAAAGACCACAGGCCAUGCGCAGACUUUCACCGAAGUCACAUCGGCUGGAAGCGGGCAACGAUCGUCCACUGCCAUGACCGCAGCCACAAGUGAAACACAACCUCGAGACCGUACAACAACGGCGAACGCAGCAAAUCAAACAACAGGUCUUCUCCUCCACUCGUCAGCCUCCAGUCGCACCGACACGACUUCUCCUCCGACGACCUCUGCAGGCUCGCAUGCUUCUACGCAACAGCCAACGUCCGUUACUGGAAUUAGGUCAGAGGAACCCACCACUCACGCUACGAAUGAGUCCACUCAAAGUGCAGCCACCUCCAGCGGCUCCACCGCUUCUGUAACCACCUCGGCGGUCGUUCAAUCCACCACCUCCGAGCUCACGUCUACAUCGCGUUCUGCUCCUGCCUCCACCGGCUCCAACCCCACAUCAACGGGACCGGCUUCCACUUCCACUUACACGGAUUCUUCCAACACCACCACUGCCAACUCUACCAGUCCAGCAGGCGUCUUGAUCCCUCGUGGCCCUGCGUCAACGACAACCCGGGUCCCGUCAACCACAGUGGCUCCCUGCGGACCGUCGAACGGCUCCGCGAGCAGCCAGAUCCUGCCCUGCUCCACCAAGGGCGUAGUGAAGCAGUGCCUGGUCGUCAUCGCUGUCCUGGCCCUGGUGGCCACCGUCUUCGUCAUUUCCACCAUUGUCCUUUGCAUCAAGCUGUCGGCGAGGAAAUACAAAGGGAGGAAACCUCCGCCGGCCACCGAGAUGAUGUGCAUCUCCUCUCUGCUGCCUGAUAAGAGUCCCGCCUACACAAGGCAGCGCAACCCGGUGAGCAACGGAGUCCUGGUGUUCCCCUUGGGAGGAGACAGCGACGAGGAAGGCGGGGAUAAUCUCACUCUCAGCAGCUUCCUUCCGGAAAACGACCGCUACGUUUAGCCGGAUUGACGUAGCCAAGCAGACCUUUCUUGGGUCUGUGGUGCAAGAGACUGAGCGAGUUCAUGUGGCGGACACGUUAUGUACAGAGGAACAGAUGCACAGACCACAGGCACUCAUCGUUUCAUCAGCUGUGUCCGACAUUUGACCCAAAGGAUGUAGACGUUGAGCAUAACUUUACACGCGCCUUUAAUCCACCCCCCAUCCACACACACACACACACACACCCCCCUUGGGAGACUGGAAACCAGGAAGGAGAGAGAGCGAUCAAAGCUACUUUCCCUUUUUUGUUCUUUCAAACAUCUGGACUUUUGGUAAUUUACUUUGCAGCAACAGACAGGAAGUCAUUCUUUGCUGAGAAACGUCUCUGUUCUUCACACGGUUGUUGUUGUUGGAAACGAAAGACUUAUUUCCGAUUAUUUCAGAACUUUUUUUCCACCUGUAACCCGCACAGCUCGGCUGAAAAUCAAAACUCUUUGAGCAGUGGGGUAAUUUACAAACCAAAAUAAUGUGCUUGCAUAGGUGAGUCCGCCCUUACCGAUUCGUUUUCAUGGCACCUUUUGAUUUUAUUAAGGGCUCAUGUCUCUUUUUAAGGGUAAGACCUUAUUAGCAUGUAAUAUCUUGAAUUGAGUGGGGGUUUUUUUCGCACUCUUCUUUGCAAAAACACCCCUGACCAAUCAGGUCAUGCAAUUUCCAGCACACCCCACAGAUUAGCAGAUCCAGCUGGGCCCGUCGGAAACUUUAACCUUCCUCUAGUGAAGCCGCUCCUUUGCAGAGGGAGAUGAGCGCUCUGCAGCGGUCGAUGUGUCUUAGGGUUUGGAGCACAGAGCUGGGAAUGGGGGCUUUAAUGUCUUAAUGUAGAAGUAAUGGAUUAAUGUCAACAGAUUUCCCCCGCCUGAACUUUGGCUCUCUGCAGCUCUUCUUUUUUUUGCUGAUUAAUGUUCUCCUUUUCAGGCCUGUCAGUUUAGGUGGUCGCAAGGCAGAAAACACUGGGAUUCACUAUUUGUUUUGAUGCAAAGUGCUACUUGUUUUCAGCUAAAUGUGAAGCUGAUAACCUAGAGCUCUCCAUUUUAUGGCUUGAAACACGAAAGGAACGUGUUCACAACAAGUAGAUAUUUUACGGCACAGUUAGCCCUGAACACAAAUCAUCCAAAGUGGAUGAGAAUAGUAGCCUACUGGCAAGUUUCACCUCAGUCUAUGAGCCUGCAGUCAUGCCUGAAACCAAUUAUUAUUAAAAACCAGAGAAAUUGAACUUCCCAGUACUAAGAGCCAUUUGAGUCUUUGUCUUGCUGGAAGAUGAAGCUUCUUGUCCUCCUCAGCUUUUUUUAUAACAGGCUGAAGUGUUGGUGCCAACCUUCACUGGUAUUUUGAACUGGUCAUUAUCCCCACCUUGACAAAUACCCCAGGUCCAGCUGAUAUCGCUCUUUUGGUUUUGCUCAGUGUCGUAUUUGCGGCCAAACAAAGUUUUGUAAUUAACGUCAGUCUUGGUUUCAUCAGACCACAGCACAUCCUCCACAACGCUUUUACCAGACCCCAAAUGUAUAAUUGUUGAAUUUAGAUCACAGUCUUGCCACCUUGUCCCACCUCCCUGAUGUAUUGAGACUUUAGGAAAUUACUGUAAUAAUCACUCCACAGCCAGAACCUCCCAGAGAUCCCUGCAGCUAUUUUAACGUUUGGUCGUUUGGUAGAAACUUCGACCAGUUUACGUCUUUACAUCGUUGACCCUUGACUGUCUUCCCUGUGCUCCGUCGUCUAGCUGACACUUUGGGAAAAUCCUGUAACGUCUUCUAACUGAUACCAUUUAUUUAUUUAUUUUUUGAUGCUGUGAUCCCUCUGAUGCAAUAUAUUUCCCUCCUAGAAAAGUUGAACUUUAUGAUUUGGAGUUAAUCAGUGGCUUUGUAGAUCGUGGCAGAUUUUCUCGCUCUCUCUCUCCUUUUGAGCUUGAAUUUAAAGUUUCAUUCUGAUGACGACCACAUCCUUAGUUACAAGAGAGUGUAGACACCUACGCAACCACAUUAUUCUAUUUAUCUUUCAUCCCUAUUAAAAGUGUGUUUGUGUUUCUUUAGUUACACUUCACAGGAAAAACUGGUCUGAAAUUGUUUUCUUAUCUUAUUUAUGUUUUCUGUCAUGACCAAAGUGUUAUGCUUUAACGGGAAGUUGUAGUCUUUGCAUAUCCACUAUAGAAUUUCCUGUUAAAAAAGUUUUUCCACUUGUAGGACUGCUUGACUUUUUGUUUUUCCUGUAAGCUUUUGAAAAGGAUCUUUGCAUAGGUUUUUCAGUAGGAAAGCAUAAACGUAGCACACAGAGUGCUGGACAAGAUGACGUAGAAGGCGACCAUGUUAAGUUUAAGUUGAUGUUUUAUUUCUGGGAAAGUGCAGAUUAAUAUUAAUAAACUAUACAAAUAGAAAAAAAAGUUUUUUUUAUUGCUGCUGAUCCCUUUAUGUUCUUUUGCCUCCAUUUUGUUUGCUCGUAUCUCUAACAAUACUCCAACAACAUCCUGUCAGAUUGGUGAAUAAUCAUUUUGAUGCAUGCGCUUUCCUCAGAUUGCGUCAGAAUAGACUUUAAAAAGAAAACACAUAUGUCAUGGUGCUGCAUGAGGACAGAAAUUAGUAUUAGUGAAGCUGGGACUCCAGGAAAACUGGGGCACCGAAAACCCCAAUUCUACAUCUUAAACUUGGACUUAAAAUCUGUUUUCUUUACUGUUAAACACAAUCUAUGUGUUGUUUAACAUCUGCAAAAUUAGGAAUCUUUGUUAGGGAGUUACAUAAAGAUACACGCUUGUUUUACCGAACCUUUGGUCCUUCUCUGCAGCUGAGCUGCUCGCUGUAAAGGGAUCAAUAAUGAGGCCAUUAGUCUGUAAGUUUGCUGAAAUCUGUAGCUUUUAUUAUUAAAUGUGCAGUUUUUGUAGUUCUUUUGUAAAUUCUAUUUGCAAGUUUCUAAAGGGCAAACAGUCAUAAUAAAACCGGAUCCUCUCUAAACUCA